AUGGUUCGAGAGAAAAUAAGAGUAUCUACUCGGACACUGCAGUGGAAAUGUGUUGAAUCAAGAACAGAUAGUAAAUGUCUUUAUUAUGGACGCUUUAUUCUCUCUCCACUUAUGAAAGGCCAAGCUGAUACAAUAGGCAUCGCGAUGCGAAGAGCGUUACUUGGCGAAAUAGAAGGAACAUGUAUCACACGUGCAAAAUUUGAUAAAAUACCGCACGAAUACUCUAACAUAGUAGGUAUUCAAGAAUCAGUACACGAAAUUUUACUGAAUUUGAAAGAAAUAGUAUUGAGAAGUAAUCUAUAUGGAACUUGCGAAGCGUCUAUUUGUGUUAGGGGCCCCAGAUGUGUAACUGCUCAAGAUAUCAUCUUGCCCCCUUAUGUAGAAAUAGUUGACAAUACACAGCAUAUAGCUAGCUUGACGGAACCAAUUGAUUUGUGUAUUGGAUUACAACUCGAGAGAAAUCGCGGAUAUCAGAUAAAAGCGCAAAAUAACUUUCAAGAUGGAAGUUAUCCUAUAGAUGCUCUAUUCAUGCCUAUUCGAAAUGUGAAUCAUAGUAUUCAUUCUUAUGGAAAUGGGAAUGAAAAACAAGAGAUACUUUUUCUCGAAAUAUGGACAAACGGCAGUUUAACCCCGAAAGAAGCACUUUAUGAAGCCUCCCGGAAUUUAAUUGAUUUAUUUAUUCCCUUUCUACAUGCAGAAGAAGAAAACUUAUAUUUAGAGGACAAUCAACACAAAAUUUCUUUACCCCUUUUUACCUUUCACAAUAGAUUGGCUGAAAUAAGGAAAAACAAAAAAAAAAUAGCAUUGAAAUAUAUUUUUAUUGACCAAUUAGAAUUGCCACCUAGGAUCUACAAUUGCCUCAAAAAAUCCAAUAUACAUACAUUAUUGGACCUUUUGAAUAACAGUCAAGAAGAUCUUAUUAAAAUGGCGGAUUUUCAUAUAGAAGAUAUAAAACAAAUAUUUGGCACUUUAGAAAAACAUUUCGUAAUUGAUUUAAAAAAAAAAAAAUGACAAAAAAUUGAUUGAAUUUUCCAGACUGGAUCAAAAAAUGAAUUCAAUACAAAAUUCAAUUGAAUAGAUGUAUCUAGGGAAAAUUCACUUUGAAGCGACUAUUCCCUAGAUACAGACCUUGUGUUAUUUCACAAUUGAAUCAAUUUAAAAAAGACCUAAAGUUAGGGAUUUAUCAAUGGGUAAUGUUGCUCCAAUACCUAACCAAAGGGCUACUACAGUACCAACCAAAAAAACAGUUGUAGCUACUGGACGACGAAAUGGGUUUUGGAAUUUAUUCACAUUCUCUAAAAAAGGAACUGUUAGUAAUCCCGCAGGUACUGAAACCAUUAAAAGAACGCCUAAUAACUUAUUUGGUACUGUACGAAGUAUUUGAAAUACAGGAAAGAAAUACCAUUCAGGUAAUAUUUCCAAAGGAGUUGCAAACGGAUCCGCCGGCUCACCAAUCAUUGAUGGUUCUAAAACCGCUAAUCCUACGUUACACGCAAUAGUACCUAAAAUCACUACAGGAAAAAUAUAUAAAAGAUCAUUAGGCCAUGCGGGCUCCCCAUAAUAAUUAUGCCCCAUACCUUUCGCUAAUUUAGCUCUUAAUACAGGAUCAUUUAAGUCAGGUUUUUUUGUUAUUAGGAUAGGUGAAUUCUUAUAGAUUCAAUUCAUCCCCCGAAAGAACCGGACAUGAUAAUUUUUCAUCAUCCGGCUCGAGCAAGAAUUAAAAGAACCAAAUGGAUCCAUAAUAUAUUUUAUCCAUAUAAAAGGUUCUCUGUAAGAACCCCUUUCUUAAACCUCCCUUUCCGAAGUCAUACUUAUCCAUGGAAAGAAAGGAAUUUCGCUCUUACAAAUAAAAGCUCAAUACCCAAGUAGGCUUACAAAGUUUAUUAUGAUCAAAUGCUUUUUGGGUCGUCUCAUACCUUGUGAUUGUUGUUUAUUUCCAAACUAUUUGGAGAUUUUGAGUUUCUAUAAAAUGUAGAAUUACAUAUAUUACAAAUCAAAGGGUUCACUUGUUACUAAUAUAGCCAGUCUCUAUUGUUCUUUAGAUCCCUUGUUUCACUCCGAUAGUAUCAUAGAUCAGGUCAAUGCCGAGGAAAUGAAUGCAUUUCAAUAC